CAUGCACUUCGUUUCUGGUCUAGCUAUGCCACUGAUGAUGACUAAAUAAUUUGCAAUGUACUGUAUAUAUCAGAUAUAACAAUUCACAUCAAAACCAUGUUGGAAUUGUAUAUAUCAUUUGCCAUUUCCAUAGAGCUUGCUUUGCAUGGCUGAACUUACAUGCUUUUGUGGGUCAACUGACAUGAGUUAAGUUAAUUAUCUGAUCUAGAUUGCAAAAUUAAUUAUAAAUCAUCAUGAUCAUGCAGAUUUAUUAUCUCUAUAACAUACAGACUGGAACAUUAGUUUCAUCAUACAUACAUUAAAUGCUAGAUCAGAAAAUAAACUUUUUGAUUAGAAUUUAGAAUGACUGUUCUUAAAACUUAUUAAUUUUUUUUAUUGUGUUCAGCAGGUACUGAUUCAUUAGAAGAUGCAGUAACAAAAGAUGAUGGACUGUUUCAACUUUAUUCUGUACAUAUUUCUGGUUGGUUUGUCUUUUUGGUUCCUGAGAUUUCUUCUGUCAUUGCUCAUAAGGACAUUUGCUCAAGAGCAAGUGGACAUUGCAAAACAGGACAGAUUAAGAAAGCAGACUCUAUUUAAUGACAACACGGUUUUGGUUUUUAAACCACCUAUUGAAAACAAAAGGGAGCCAUAUGAACCUGAUGAGCAAAAAAAGGAAACGCCUUACCAUCUACAAUUCCCGUCAAGGAAAAGAAUUCGCAAUGAAACUAUGCAAUGUUUUGCUGUUCAAUUCACAACAGAAGAAUUCAUUCAGGAGGCACUACAGGUGGACCCUUUACAAUUAGAUUCUCUACGAGAUCUUAAUAUUGAAAUUGUUGGGACACACGAGGAGAGUGUAGAGGGAGACAGACUUGAGAAUGUUCAGUUGAACUCAUUGACUGAGUCUGACAUAGAAGCUGACGAAGUCCACCAACAAGUAUUGAGCAUUGACAUUCUGUCAGAAACAUCAGCACAGAACGGACACCAAGAUGACAGAGCACAAACCCUAUCAGAACAGUUACGUAUCAGAACAAUAAGAAUAGAGCAACUCCCCUCCAUUCAAAUGGAACACACUGGUCAGUCGGAGUACAGAAAUAGCUCAGUAGCAGAAGAAAAUGUGAGUGCCAGUAAUUACGAGGACAGCAGAGGAGUAUUAGAUGAUCAGGUAGCUGAAACCGAGCUACAAAAUGUCGGACCAGUUAGACUGACUACUCAGACUGGUCUCGAGAUAAAUGGUGCCCUUAAGAUGCAACAUGAACCUCAGGUACAUCAGAAUACUACGGUAGAUGACAAUAAUGGUGCACUUAGGAUGCAACAUGAACCUCAGGUACAUCAGAAUACUACGGUAGAUGACAAUAAUGGUGCACUUAGGAUGCAACAUGAACCUCAGGUACAUGAUAAUGUGAUAGCAGAUGACAACCCAUCCCAACCAAUAGAUGCAGGGGAUACUGAGAGUUCAGUGUCAAACUUCACGCCCUUCACGUCUCUGAUGUCAAUGUCAGCUAGUACUCCCAGCAGUAACUUCAGCAGCAUAUCAUCAGAAGACAGCGAGGCUUUUGCCAACGAAUGGAUCCGCCUAAGGACAUUCUCUGAAUGGCCCCUGACAUCCAUCUUCUCUACCAGGCUUGCCCGGAAUGGUUGGGUUUCGCUGGGAGAGGGAGAUAGAGCUUGCUGUUACAGCUGUCAUGUUGUCCAUGAGGGAUGGAGGAUUGGUGACGACCCAGACCAAUUCCACAGUCCUAACUGUAGAAUUGACUUCACUGAAACAAGAGAACACGAGCCUUAAGGAUAAGAUUCAGAAUAUGUGUAAGAUCUGUAUGGAGAAGAACGUGUCCAUUGCCUUCCUGCCCUGUGGACAUCUCGCCUGCUGUGAGGACUGUGCUCAUGCCAUUAGGAAAUGUCUGAU